ACGCUUUGUUUUCCGCACCACCGCCCGUCUGCUAGCUUGUACGUCACCAAACCCUACCAGGAGCCCAGCGCGCGCCUUGAUAUGCCCAAUUGAUUCUUCCGCCAACCCCACCACACUUUCCUCACAACAACCGCCCCCCAAACAGACUGACCAGACCACCGCCCCAUUCCCCAGCAGCACCAGCACUCUCUCCCGAACCCUCCAUCCUCGCAAUCCGAGCUUCGAGUCUCUUAUCCAGAACCCACCGGUUCCGGGGUAGCUUCGUCAUAGAGCGGGCGCAAUGGCCAAUACCGUCAUUCAGCCUGAGGUUGAGUCCAAUGCCGGAACAAUUGAGCUGAAGGACAACACCGUCAUAGUAGUCCUGGGAGCUUCGGGUGAUUUGGCCAAGAAGAAGACUUUCCCGGCCUUGUUCGGCCUCCACCGAAACAACUUCCUCCCAAAAGAUGUCAAGAUCGUCGGAUAUGCCCGGACGAAAAUGGACCACGAGGAGUACCUCAAGCGGGUCAAGUCCUACAUAAAGACGCCCACCAAGGAGAUGCAGGAGCAGUUGGACGAGUUCUGCGGCAUGUGCACCUACGUGUCUGGACAGUACGAUCAAGAUGACUCCUUUAUCCAACUCCGGAAACACCUAGAGGAGCUCGAGAAGGGCCGGAAGGAGACCAACCGGGUAUUCUACAUGGCUCUCCCGCCAAGCGUCUUCAUCACCGUGUCUCAGCACCUCAAGAGGAACUGCUAUCCAAACGACGGCAUAGCUAGGAUCAUUGUCGAGAAACCAUUCGGUAGCGAUCUACCAAGCUCCCGGGAGCUCCAACGAGCGCUGGCGCCGGACUGGAGCGAAGAUGAGAUUUUCCGUAUCGACCAUUACCUGGGCAAGGAGAUGGUGAAGAACAUUCUCAUUCUAAGAUUCGGUAAUGAGUUCUUCGGGGCCACAUGGAACCGCAACCACAUCGACAAUGUUCAGAUCUCCUUCAAGGAGCCUUUCGGCACUGAGGGUCGUGGCGGCUACUUCGACGAGUUUGGCAUCAUCCGUGAUGUCAUGCAGAACCAUUUGCUGCAGGUGCUCACACUGCUCACAAUGGAACGGCCAAUCUCUUUUUCCGCAGAAGAUAUUCGAGACGAGAAGGUCCGUGUUCUGCGCGGGAUGCCCUCGAUCGAACCCAAGAACGUCAUCAUCGGUCAAUACGGGAAAUCUCUCGAUGGAAGCAAGCCAGGGUACAAGGAGGAUGAUACCGUGCCGAAGGAGUCCCGUUGCCCUACAUUCGCGUCGAUGGUCGCAUACAUCAAGAACGAGCGGUGGGACGGAGUGCCAUUCAUUCUGAAGGCAGGCAAAGCUCUUAAUGAGCAAAAGACUGAGGUCCGCAUCCAAUUCAAGGAUGUCACUUCUGGUAUCUUCAAGGACAUCCCCCGAAACGAGCUCGUCAUUCGAGUCCAGCCGAACGAGAGUGUCUACAUCAAGAUGAACUCUAAGCUACCCGGCCUGAGCAUGCAGACAGUUGUUACAGAGCUCGACCUUACCUACCGACGGAGAUUCUCCGAUCUCAAGAUCCCCGAAGCGUACGAGUCUUUGAUCCUCGACGCCCUCAAGGGCGACCACUCCAACUUUGUUCGUGACGAUGAGCUGGACGCCAGCUGGAGAAUCUUCACUCCUCUAUUGCACUAUCUAGAUGACAACAAGGAGAUCAUCCCGAUGGAGUAUCCCUACGGAUCCCGUGGUCCCGCCGUGCUGGAUGACUUCACGUCAUCCUACGGAUACAAGUUCAGCGACGCUGCAGGCUACCAAUGGCCAAUGUCCGGAGGCCCAGAAUAGCGCAGUUUUUGUGCAAAGCGGGGAAAUCUCGGGUCCGUUCAUAAUGCCGGUGGCGGGGGUUAUUAUGUCGCUUUGUGGCCUUAUUCCAUUGCUAUUGUGGAUCUGGAAGAGAAAAGGCUGAAUAUGGGGGUUAUGGAUGAGCAAUAUCCCAUAG